AUGAGUCCUCCACUGCUGAAGCUUGGUGCUGUUCUUAGCACCAUGGCAAUGAUCUCUAACUGGAUGUCCCAAAUUCUCCCAUCUCUGGUAGGACUAAAUACCACCAGACUACCCACUUCAGAUACUCUAGUAAUGCUCCAGAACCCCAAGGAAGGAUGGCAAGUUUAUAGUUCAGCCCAGGAUCCUGAUGGCCGCUGCAUUUGUACAGUUGUUGCACCUGAACAAAACCUGUGCUCAAGAGAUGCCAAGAGCAGGCAACUUAGACAGCUGCUAGAGAAGGUUCAGAAUAUGUCCCAAUCUAUUGAAGUUUUAAAUCUACGGACUCAGAGGGAUUUCCAGUAUGUUUUAAAAAUGGAAACACAAAUGAAAGGGCUGAAGGCCAAGUUUCGGCAAAUUGAAGAUGAUCGGAAGACACUAAUGACAAAGCAUUUUCAAGAGUUGAAAGAAAAGAUGGAUGAGCUCCUGCCACUGAUCCCAGUUCUGGAGCAAUACAAAACUGAUGCCAAAUUAAUCACCCAGUUCAAGGAAGAAAUUAGGAAUCUGUCUACUGUCCUCACUGGUAUUCAGGAAGAAAUUGGUGCUUAUGACUAUGACGAACUACACCAGCGGGUGCUGAGUUUAGAAACAAGGCUUCGAGACUGCAUGAAAAAGCUCACAUGUGGCAAAUUGAUGAAAAUUACAGGCCCCAUUACAGUCAAGAUAUCCGGAACCCGAUUUGGAGCCUGGAUGACAGAUCCAUUGGCAUCAGAGAAAAAUAACCGAGUCUGGUACAUGGAUAGUUACACUAAUAAUAAAAUUGUCCGUGAAUAUAAAUCAAUUGCAGACUUUGUCAGUGGGGCAGAAUCAAGGACAUACAACCUUCCAUUCAAAUGGGCAGGAACCAACCACGUUGUCUACAAUGGCUCCCUGUAUUUCAACAAGUACCAGAGCAACAUCAUCAUCAAAUACAGCUUUGAUACUGGGCGGGUGCUUGCACAGCGUAGCCUUGAGUAUGCUGGCUUUCACAAUGUCUACCCCUACACCUGGGGUGGCUUUUCUGAUAUUGACCUGAUGGCAGACGAAAUUGGGCUCUGGGCUGUGUAUGCCACCAACCAGAAUGCAGGCAACAUCGUUAUCAGCCAGCUAAACCAGGACACACUAGAGGUGUUGAAGAGCUGGAGUACAGGCUACCCCAAAAGAAGUGCUGGAGAAUCCUUCAUGAUCUGUGGCACCUUGUAUGUUACUAACUCUCACUUAACGGGAGCCAAGGUCUACUACUCUUACUCCACCAAAACCUCCACUUACGAGUAUACAGACAUUCCUUUCCAUAAUCAGUAUUUUCAUAUAUCCAUGCUUGACUACAAUGCAAGAGAUAGAGCUCUCUAUGCUUGGAAUAAUGGACACCAAGUCCUGUUUAAUGUUACUCUUUUCCACGUCAUUAAGACUGAUGACGACACAUAA